GCGGGAGUCAAUGUGGGGACCACCGAGUACAAGCUACCUGACGACACCGAAGAAAGCGCCUUGAAGGCACAAUGGCUCGUACUCAGCCGACACUGCCGGAAGGAAUAUCAAUCGAGCUUCUCUCAGGUCUCCCCUACAACUACGACAACGACUCCCUUGUCAUCCACGACACCACUGGACCGAGACGUCGUGCCCAAGAGCUUACCAGCCGGGGUCUACGCCAAACUCGUGGAGGAUUACAACAAGAUCACCUUGGACGGAGUACGACGGAGGUUCCCCGAGAAGCAGCUCCUGGGAGCCGAGAAAGUACUCGCCCGGAUGUACCACGAACAUCACACAUCCAAACUAUACACUGCGACACCACUCGGCGAAAUCAUGGCACAACGAGUGUGGACGAGCUUCGACACGAUCAACUCGAACCGCAAGAAGGACCCCUCCGAAAAGAAGCUCAUCAUCGACGAGAAGAACCAGAUAUCCGAGAAGUCACAAGACGAUUGGGACGUACGUGGACAGUGGAUGUUGAUCGACGCGACACAAGCACUCCGGUGGGCAUGGAUCCUCCUCAAGUACGAUUCCGAGACGGCGAUCAACAAGUACGUCGAUUG